GUCAAGCGCUGUUAACAUUUUCUGAUAGCCAAUCAAUAUACCUGGGUGGGGGAUGCUUUAUACCUGGGUCAUAAUAUACUAGUCAGGUGAGACAGUAUCGUCAUGGCUGCAAAUAGGGACAAUACCUGAGUAUACAACAUCAUAACAUUGUUCAGUAGGUGCCAAUAAGUGGAUUGGAACCCCAUUACCCGUUUGGAUUUUUAAAUUUGGCAUAGGUAUAUAGAGAAGGUUUAGCAGUGGCCUUUUCUCUUUUGCUGGCUUUCCAGGGAGAAACACACAGUGUUUUGUGGAAUGCCUUCAAUAAAGAAUGUACAAGUUGCGGCUUAUACUCCUGGAGAAGAAUUAGAUGAAAAAGAUGGGAAGGUACCAUCUCGACCCGGAACUGCUGAUAGUUUGAGGCCAUCUACUUCUCAGUCUGCAGCUACAGCAAAAGAUGUCAAAACAAAUUCUCGUCCAGUAAGUGCUGAAAGAGGAGUUAUAACACCGCCGCGACCAGCAACCGCAGAAAAGAAUCGGAAAACACCUUCUCGUCCAGCAAGUGGUGCAAAAGAUGUGAAAUCACCAUUGCCUCCUUUAAUUGGAGAUAAAAAUGGCAAGGCUUCUCCACGUCCCACAAGUGCAGACAAAGAUGGCAAAGCGCCUUUCCCCCCACCAGCUUCGGGGGGAAAUGGCAAAGUUCCGUCACGUCCUGUUAGCUCGGAGAAAGAUAAGAUCCCUGUUAGGCAAGAGUUGAAGCUGGAAGGCCUAAAUAAGGAUGAAGAGUUGGCCUCUGGGUCCGAGCUUCCCUCGUGGGUUCCUGGACAUUCCUUCUCAGAACGUCAAGGGUUCGCUUGGACAGCACCACCUCUUGGUUUCCAGAACCAAAAGAUGCAGGGAAUGGCAAAGGAAAAUUCUUUUGAAAUAUCCUUCAGCCCUCCUCCUGAAACACAAAUAUACGAAAAAGAUAGGAGUAUUUGGACCCCACCCCCUGAGCCUGCUUUUCCAGUGUAUGAGGAUGACAAUCGUUUCAUUCCUGGCUCUCCAUCAGAAUCCAAACUUUCCCGACGAAAACCCUGCAUUGCACUGGCCGUAGCUGGAACAGUCUUGGUGAUCCUGAUACUGAUUGGUGUUGGAGUCUAUUUUGGAGCGGUGGCUGGCAGUGGGAGUAGCUCGGAUUCAUCAUCGUCUGCUUCCGUAGAGUUCAAUGCUGAACUGAGAAUGACUGGAGUAACUUGGGAUCCAGAUCUUGCAAACCCAAAUAGUGCAGCAUAUACCACCUUGGAGGGUCAAGUCCUUUCUGAUCUGAACACCAUAUUUGGAGCAAGCAGUUUAAGUGGGUCGUACCAAAGUGCUACUGUGAAUGGUUUCAGUGCUGGUAGUGUGAUUUGCACUACAACGCUGAAAUUUACCUCGGGAAGUUCAGGAACCUCAGGAAGCACUGUUACAGCAGAUGAUAUCAAAACAAGCCUUACCAACAACAAAAAUGUAACUACUGGACCCGUUUCUAGUACUGACACAGCACAACUUGUGGUAACGGCAGUGGCAGCCACAACCACAACAGAAACCCCAACAACUGCCCCUGCAACAACCACUGGAGCACAAGCAACAACCACUGUAGCCUCUGCAACAACCACUGGAGCGCAAGCAACAACCACUGGAGCACAAGCAACAACCAAUGGAGCACAAGCAACAACCACUGGAGCGCAAGCAACAACCACUGGAGCGCAAGCAACAAUCACUGCAGCCCCUGUAACAACCACUGGAGCACAAGCAAUAACCACUGCAGCCCCUGUAACAACCACAAUUGGUUCAAUGCCUCCCACAACUGCUACCAUGACUACUACGACUGGUUCAAUGCCUCCCACAACUGCUACCAUGACUACCACAACUGGUUCAAUGCCUCCCACAACUGCUACCAUGACUACCACGACUGGUUCAAUGCCUCCCACAACUGGUACCAUGACUACCACAACUGGUUCAAUGCCUCCCACAACUGCUACCAUGACUACCACGACUGGUUCAAUGCCUCCCACAUCUGCUACCAUGACUACCACGACUGGUUCAAUGCCUCCCACUAGUAGUACCAUGCCACCUACAAAUGGUACCAUGCCUCCUCCAACCAAUUACACCAUCCCACCUACAAAUGGUACCAUGCCUACAACGACCCAAGAGAUUGAGUUUGUCAACGAAACUGUUCCUUUACCAGAAUUUGAGGUGGUUGUCCCUAUUGAUCAGGAAUUUAACAAAAAUUUGGAAAAUUCAUCAUCAGAGGAAUACCUGUCCUUUUCCCAAAACAUCACAAAUGGGAUGGAUAAGAUGUAUGAGAAUGAUACCAACUACAAUCAUACAGAAAUCAAAGGAUACACAAAUGGCAGUAUCAAUGUGAACAUGGUUAUCGUAUUCAACACAAUCACGGUCAUUGUCGACAAUGAUGAUAAUGAUACUGACGAUGGAAAUGGGACUGCGGCUGCCGCGACUAUCAAUGCUGUAUCAGUUAGCCAAUUCAUUACAGAGAGAGCAUUUGUCUUGUCCGUUGUGAUUAACAUGACUAUCAUCACUGAUGACAUUGUGGUGGAACAGUCAAUAGAGGUGAAACUGGUGGCCAGACGAAGAACAACUACUGCGAUCACCACUACACCAAGUACACCUGCUUUACAAUGCAUGAUGAAGCAAUGGCCAGAUGACUGGACCUCAAUUUGUGGUCCUGCUAUCAACGAGAUAAUGCAAAAUGGCACGGAUCUCUGUGGUGCCCAUCAAGUGCUUGUUGGUUGUUUACAAUACGUUUUGCGUCACGAACGAAAUUGUACUGCACCAGCGAUUGCUCAAACAUUGACCACGAUGCACACAACAUUACCGUUCCCCACUGGAAUGGCUUCUCAUUGCCUUGGUAAUAAUACUGACAUUGUCUUCCCGACACCUGCCUUAACAAUGUUGGAUUCAGUAUGUCAGUAUCCGCGUAUGAUUGAAUUCGCCAUGAGAUAUAAUCUAUGUGGAGCAAGAGCCCCAAUGACGGAAGGCCUAAGCACAGCAGAAAAGUGCAAAACAUAUUGGACAUCUACGACCUGUCUGAUUUUCAUGCUGUCAGAUGACCCACUUGAUAAUUGCCCUGUGAAGGAUUUCAGAAAUGUUAUCAGCAAUGAUGACUCGCUGAGAGAUCUAACCGGAAUCGACACAAGAAUCUGUGAUGGACUGCUUUCUAACAUUGACGACUCUACCAAAUGUACCAAUGGACUGUAUGGAGAUGAUGGGCUCAGCAGAGCAUGUGGAAUGCCGUUUUACUACCAGCUCAAGUUCUUUCACAUAAGUCAGGCACUAAACUCUUGCUCGUAUGUGUCGGAAGCAGUGCGGUGCAUUCAGUCUGAAGGUCACGGACACUGCUCUAGCUCAGAAGUCAAAACCGAACUGAAACAAAUGGCUUCCGCUCUGGCAAAGCUUGAUUCUACCUUAAAUGCUGCAAAUAUUAUCCAACAUAUAGGACAGUGUUCACUUGAAAACCAAACCUUGGCAGAUGUGUGUGAUGAUGGACCACAAUUGAUGUGGCGGUCAUCAGCAUGUAUCAUUCCUGUCUUGGAGGGAGAGAAAAGCUUCACAGACUUUGCUGGAGUAUGCAGUUAUUUGAAAGAUGAAUUGAUACCAUGCACAAGCAAAAUGCUUGUAGUUGGUGGUAAGUUCUGCCCACAAAAAAGAAUAGCAGACCAUAUGGUAGACCUGGAGAUCGUUCUUCGGACUCUGAUUCCUGCCCUGAAAACUGAUGACGAUAUAAGUGCCUGUUUCAACAACUUAGACCAGUUUGAGGUAGCCUUGGACCUAUAUUUUCAAUUUGCUAGUGGAUGGAACACAGACUUGGAAGAUGAAACAAGUGUAUUUUAUAGAAACAAAUACAGAGAAUUUAAAUUUCAGGGUGAAAUGAUGAUGAGGGAUGCUUCUAUCCCAUACAUAGAAAACAGUUUGGAUGUCAUAUCUGUAAGUCAAGAUAGUAGAAAGAAACGAGCGACAUCAGCUACUUCCAACAGUACAGGAUUUAUGGUGAAAGCUGAAAUCUACGUUGAUGAUGCUGAAUUGACUACUUCAAAAGCAAAAGAAGAAAUUAAAAGUGCCAUGGACAAAAAGGACGCACCAAAUUACCCACUUUUUGAAAAUGCCACAUUAGUAGAUGUGGUGAAGAGGAACGAAGGUCAAGAAAAACCUGCCAACUGUACUGACUUGAGUUUCAUUCUGCAAUACAUAAGAAAUGAGUGUUUCUCGUUUAAUAUGCUGAACUUGGCUGGAGAUGACUUCUGUCGAAUCUACAAUGACACAGCAUAUUGUCUGCAGUUAAAGACGAAGCGCCUAGGAGAUUGUAAUGCCAGCGACAUAUUUGCUAGUGUAGAAAAAGAUGAAAACAAAGACAUGUGGGAUAUGGUGUUUGGUGGAAAAGAUCCAAAAACGUGCAACAGAACUGAUUUUGAUAAAGUUUCAUUAGAUGCAAGUCCAUGCACCCCUGGAUAUCUCGGUUAUCUAGCAAAGUACAACUGUAAGAAUUCUGUAUUGGAUGGAAUGCUACAAGAUGCCCGUCAACGUUUGGAGAAUGACACUUGUGGAAUGGCAUUUGCUUUAACAAGAUGUUUGAACAACACUGUGAUGAAAAAUACAACACAUCAAUGUCCUUCAUCCAUGGUGGUCAAUGCCGUAGAGAAUGCCUACCCUAAUCGUGCAGCAAACUUCAGCAUCGAUUCAUGUUCAUCUGAUGUGUGUGUUUCUACAGUAAUGCUGGAUGGUGGAAUCGGCUUCUGGUUUGAGUGUUUUGUGGAUUAUUAUGGAUAUAUAAAUGAUGUGGAUCAAAGCAAUAUCAGCCCAGGCAUAAGGAAUGCAUUGUGCAAAUCUUACAAUCAAAGUAUGGAGUGUCUUCAGAAGAAAGUUAGAGAUAUCGGACGCACAUGUGAUAUAAAUAAGUUCAACUCAAGGAUCAUGGCCAACGUCACCAAUUUCAACAUUUCAUUUUGCCCAAGUGAUUCCAGUAGUGGAGAAUUGUGUAUUUUACGGAGCCAUAUAUCUAAAAUGGAACCCAAAUUCAUGACAAUGAAUAAUCGGCAGGAUGAACAGGACACUAAAGACAACACUGGUACACACAUGCAAAAUGGUACAGUCACUCACACCAGUGAUAGGGGUGUUACUACCACUACUUCAUCCCAGUUUAGUUCAUUUGAUCAUUGGCUGCCUAAGUGCUUGGUGUAUUUAAUGAAGGUUUUAACUACAUUUGCUGUUCCACUUGAUCCAUCAUUUGGUAGAAAUGGCACACAGGCAGAUUGGAGUGAUUUCCCAAAUGCAACAGACCGGGAUAGUAUGACAUGGGCAAAUGGAACAAAUGCAACAGGUUGGGAAAACAGUCCAUCGAAAGACGAAGCAGGUUGGAUGAACAAUACAUAUUCAAAUGAAACAUGGAGUCCUUUGAUGAUGAUGAAUAUGUCCCUUAUUCCUGGCGCAAUUAUGGAAGAUAUAUGCAGACUGUAUGGUGUAACACUGAAUUGCCUAAGUCAUGGGUUUGGUGAGGAGGGUGAGAAAUGUAGCCCAGCAUCACUGAACAUCUCCAUACCACAGUACUUCAGCAGAGUAUCAGGCAGACCUGCGUCGGACUUCAUGAGACUACAACACUGUCCAGCAAUUUUGCAGGAGCAAUCUUGUAAUGACACAAAGAGCCUGAGAUCAGCCAUACUGGGAAAAUGUGCAUCACAAUUUUUAUACAUGACAAAGAUUAAGGGCCAGUUCCAGGCUUGCUAUGUAGCCAAAAUGUUUAUGGAUUGUGCCCUGGAUGACAGUACAUUGGGAAUGUACAGAAAUUGCUCAAAAUCACAAGUACUGGAUAUGCUGAAAAAAGAAUAUCCAUGGAUCAACAGCCAGCGGACUGAUUUCAACCUUAGCAUGUGCAUGAAUACUACAGACAAGCCUACAGACAAGCCUGGUCAGUGUCCCUAUCUGGCCCCUGGUACAUUUGGAACAUGUAAUUACGAGUGUUCAGAUGACAUGGCCUGUUCAGGAAACAAGAAGUGUUGCUCUAAUGGCUGUGGGAUGACCUGUCAAGAUCCAGAACCCAGAGAUGUAUGUUCUGAGCCGGAAUUUUUGACACCAUUGUUUACAAGCUGUUUCAAUGGAUCUUCACAAGUGACAUCAUUACAGUAUGCUUUGGGCAGUUUCAAUUACCUCCCUAAAGUACAAACAUUGUUGACAAAAGUAAAUGAUGAGACCUGUAGCCUCCUCAGUAGUGCCUUCUCUUGUUUGAACUCGACCAUAAAUGACUACCAGAAUCAAGACUACUGUUCCAAAGGCUCUGCUGUGAAGACACUAUUGUACUUCACAAGCAUGAUAGGAAUAAAUGCAACUCUGAUGAACACAACCCUCAACACAUGCGCAGCUCAACCUGGAUUUUGGAUGGAUGAUCAAGACUUCUGUAACAGUAAAACACAUCUGAAACCUUGGCUGUUGUCCCAGUGUUUGGGUACCCCUGAGAUCACCUCGGUUAUGCCCGUCCUUUUUGGCAGUGAUGCUGGGAUAGAUGCAAUUGGAUGCAGCAUUGGACGCAAUAUAUCUCGAUGUGCACAAAACACCAUGAUGCGUCCCGAUAUCCCGCCGUACUUCCAUUGUAAGGGAGAUCAAGUGUUGGAUACCCUGGACGAUGAAAGGGAUUGGUUUGACAGCCUAGUGAAAGGAUUAAACAUAUCCCAGUGUUUCUUUGAAGUUUUAGAUGAUUCAGAAGCUAUUCCGAUCAACGGAGAAGCAGAAGUAGAAGCAUAUGGUUACCAAAGUGAAGAUGAUGUGUCUGCCAGUUUUGUAUUUCCUGUAAAGUAUGCUUGUCAACAAACAUAUCCUAGUUUGUGUGUACCAGACAGUGCAGAAGUGACCAGCAUAAGCGAAAUCCCCAUGAGAAGGAAAAGACAGACAGGGCCAUUUGGUGGUAGCUGGAGAAAAUACCUGAUUAAAUUUAGAUUCUUUCUUAAGAUGAAAACAUAUUUGGAUUAUUACACUUUCCAAUCAAUGUUGAUGGAAUCUGCGCAGUUGUACAACAUGAGCAUGGAGUGUAUAAUGAAUUCCACACGGACCAAGGGACAUAACUGCAGCAGGUCUGCGCUGAAGUGGACCAUGCCUGCCAUCAGGAAUGCUGUGAACAGUAGUGAAAUGUCAGAAAUCUGGCAUCACACCAAUGCAUCUACCUUUGAUGCUGACACAUGUCCAGGCAAUAGCAGUGAUGGACAGCUCUGUGUCUUACCUGCAUAUUUGCUGGCACCCACACAUUCCAACCAUUACUACUCGCUGUACAACAAGUGUAUGAUGGGAACAUCCAACUUGCUCUACCAACUGGCCACCAACAUGUACAACCACAAUUGGUCCAACUUCACAACGGAUAGACCAUUUACCAAUGGAACCGCCAAUCAACAAAACACUACAACUGGAGCCCACUCUAUGAAUGGAUCAUCCACACAUCAGAACGGCAGUUACAAUGGUGAAAUGCAUUAUCCCAUUGUGUAUGAGAUGGAACUUGGAUGCAUCCUGACACAUUUGGACAAAAAGGGAGAGAAAUGUGAUAUUAGUAAUCUCAGAUUGUCUGGGAAGUUGGCUGCUACACGUUCGAUGCAAUAUACUGGAUCAAAGGUUGACCUUAGUUUACUGGGGAAAUGUAACGGGACAGUUGAGAAGCUGAACGGAUCUAUUUGUAAGGACACAAGGAAGCUAAUGUUGAAGCUUGUAUCACAGUGUCUACAUGUUCCGUAUAUUUGGGGUGAUUCCACAUCAGACAAGUGCAUGUCAUUUAGGGCUUUCAAGCAUUGUGUUCACCAACCCUAUAUGUAUAUUACCCAUGAUGAGAUGUGCACUGAGAACCAGAUAGCUCAAGCAUGGAAGGAAGGACAACACUGGAAAAAUGUUAUAUAUCCACAUGUGAAUGUUACCAAGUGCGAUAGCUAUAAUGAUACAGAUUUUUCAGAGUAUAGUUCAUUCUAUGGAGAAGCAAUGGUGUAUAGUUUCUACGAAUCGCAUGUAGUGAAGAGGAUAUUUGCUGAUGUUUUGAAUAAAGCUUGCAAUGAAGUAUUUGGUGCUGAUUGUGUAUCAGACAGUACAGAAGUGUAUGAUAUUAGUGUGUACGAGAUGGAACUUGGAUGCAUCCUGACACAUUUGGACAAAAAGGGAGAGAAAUGUGAUAUUAGUAAUCUCAGAUUGGCUGGGAAGUCGGCUGCUACACGUUCGAUGCAAUAUACUGGAUCAAAGAUUGACCUUAGUUUACUGGGGAAAUGUAACGGGACAGUUGAGAAGCUGAACGGAUCUAUUUGUAAGGACACAAGGAAGCUAAUGUUGAAGCUUGUAUCACAAUGUCUACAUGUUCCGUAUAAUUGGGGUGAUUCCACAUCAGACAAGUGCAUGUCAUUUAGGGCUUUCAAGCAUUGCGUUCACCAACCCUAUAUGUAUAUUACCCAUGAUGAGAUGUGCACUGAGAACCAGAUAGCUCAAGCAUGGAAGGAAGGACAACACUGGAAAAAUGUUAUAUAUCCACAUGUGAAUGUUACCAAGUGCGAUAGCUAUAAUGAUACAGAUUUUUCAGAGUAUAGUUCAUUCUAUGGAGAAGCAAUGGUGUAUAGUUUCUACGAAUCACAUGUAGUGAAGAGGAUAUUUGCCGAUGUUUUGAAUAAAGCUUGCAAUGAAGUAUUUGGUGCUGAUUGUGUAUCAGACAGUACAGAAGUGUAUGAUAUUAGAAACUACAAUCGGACAUUGCUGUGCGCCAAAUUAGCAUUUAGCUGGAAACCGUACAUGGGGAAAUGUAACGACAGUAUGAUGGUCUCCACAAUCCAAGCCAAUCAAGAGAAGUUUACGGAGGCAUUUGGUGGAAACUACUCAACUUGUAAUGCUUAUAAAAACGGUAUGGUGUUGUAUCAAGACAUGAAUGGAAAUCCUAUUGACAACAUAACAAACCUUCAGAGUCGCUUACCUUGUGAGAAUAAUACCAUACAGUACAUUGCUAAAUACAACUGUUACGGUAUGUUGGAGAAGAACAUGUCCAUUGGUGUAAUGGAACGGAGCUUAAUCAAGAACGACACUUGUGGUGCUGCGGCUUGGACGAAGAGCUGUGUGCAUAACACAAUGCAUGAUUGGGCAAAUACUUCGUGCUACGCUGUUGAAGACGUGUUGAAAAUCAACUCAAAGACCAUCUUCGGAAAAACUAUCCAUUUCGAAAACUGCUCAAGUGAUGUGUGUAGCAGUUACGGGCAGUUAUCAGUUGCCAAUAACAACUGGACCAACUGCAUGGAGCUACUGAUAUUUGCUAUGACUGAAAACAGGAAUUCCAGUACAAGUGUUAACAAGAAUGAUGCUCAUCUAGCUAUGUGCAAGAUGUACAACAUGAGCAUGGAGUGUAUAAUGAAUUCCACACGGACCAAGGGACAUAACUGCAGCAGGUCUGCGCUGAAGUGGACCGUACCUGCCAUCAGGAAUGCUGUUUACAGCAGUGAAAUGUCAGAAAUCUGGCAUCACACCAAUGCAUCUACAUUUGAUGCUGACACAUGUCCAGGUAAUAGCAGUGAUGGACAGCUCUGUGCCUUACCUGCAUAUUUGCUGGCACCCACACAUUCCAACCAUUACUACUCACUGUACAACAAGUGUAUGAUGGGAACAUCCUACUUGCUCUACCAACUGGCCUCCAAUAUGUACAGCCACUAUUUGUCUAACUUCACAACGGAUAGACCAUUUACCAAUGGAACAGCCAAUCAACAAAACAUUACAACUGGAGCUGACUCUAUGAAUGGAUCAUCCACACAUCAGAACGGCAGUUACAAUGGUGAAAUUGUGUAUGAGAUGGAACUUGGAUGCAUCCUGACACAUUUGGACAGAGAGGGAGAGAAAUGUGAUAUUAGUAAUCUCAGAUUGUCUGGGAAGAUGGCUGCUACACGUUCGAUGCAAUAUAUUGGAUCAAAGGUUGACCUUAGUUUACUGGGGAAAUGUAACGGGACAGUUGAGAAGCUGAAUGGAUCUAUUUGUAAUCACCCAAAUAAACUGAUGUUGAAGCUUACAUCACAGUGCCUACAUUCUCUGUAUCUUUGGAGUUGGAGUGAUCCCACAGAUGAGUGCUGGUCGUUCAAGGCUUUCAAGCAGUGUAUUCACCAACCCUAUAUGUUAAUUACCGAUGGUGAGAUGUGCACUGAGAACCAGAAAGCUCAAGCAUGGAACGAAGGACAACACUGGAAAAAUGUGUUAUAUCCACAUGUGAAUGUUACCAUGUGCGAUAGCUAA